GAAGCGCAGGCGGCGGAGCAGCCCCGCGGCGCCCGGAGCCUGCCGUCGCGGGGUCCCUCUCGCACUGGUGGGCAGUGCCAGCUGGGCUACGCCUGCUGGCGGAGAGCAGGGAGAUGGAUCGCGGCGUGAGCCUGGAGAACCCCUACGCCAGCGUCAACAUCCCGCGGGACCAGUUCCAGCAGAGCUUCCUCACUCGCUUCCUGAAGGAUGAGCCCACCGUCAUCGCCAACCCUGCUGCUGUGCCCACCUACAGCACGGAGGAGUGGGCAGAGCCGGCUGGCAGCUGGAACAGCCCAGCCGUUUCCACAGAGAAGUCCUGGUCUCGUCCCUUCAACCCCUAUGCCAGCAUGAGGAUGCCCAACGGGGAAUCGCCCAGCAACUUCUACACUGUCACCCUGGAGAAGCCACCCAAGGGGCAGGAGCAGGAGGCUGGCAGGGGCUGCGGCUGCUGCAGGUGCUGGCCCUGCUGCAGGAAGUGCUGCUGUGUCAUCUCCUAAGGGUCCUCACUGCCUCCCUGGCAUGUGCUGACCAUGGGAUAUGCCCAGGUGGCCCCAUGGGGACAUGGCUGCCCAGCCUGGGCACCCUGUGGGGUUUCCCUGGUGCCUGGCACAAUUGGCAGCUGGAAGGUGUCACUGGCUGGACUCUGCUGCUGCUUUUUACCCAUGCGCUCUGCAGAUGGAUGUGGUGGUGAUGGGCAUCUGCCAGCGUCGGGUAUGGGGGUCAAGGACGGAUGCCCCCUGCCCCACUAAGGCCUGAGAGCCUUGGGGAUGAUGUGUGCCAACACAGAUGUCACCAAGAAGUGCCUACACUGGGAUGGGGCAGAACUUUGAGCCUCAUCCUAUACAGUGACUCUCUCAGUCUGCCUGUGCUGGGAAGCCUCCAGCCCUGGGGAAGGUGCUGGCACUUCCUGCCUGCCAGGGGAUAGGAUUGGAUGUGUGUGGCAGAGGAGGGCAUCGAUGUCUUUGUUACUGUCUUGGAGUGGUGGUGAGGAGCCAGGGGCUCACCUCCCCAGAGAGGAGCAGCACCGCCGCCCACAGUGGUAUGGGGAUGCUGCAGUGCCCUGCGCUGGGCACCUCUUCUCCUUGCACACUGCUCAUGGGAUAGAGGGAAGCAAACAGGAAGGACAGACAGACAAAGCGUGGCAGAGUGCUGGGCAGUGCUCCAGGGCAGCACCUGGUGGCACAGCACGGGUAUGGGUGUGAAUGUACCAGUGGCAGGACUCCACCCCGGCCCCGUUCAGUUCCUCCUGCCAGACUUGUGGGGUGCUGGGCACAGCCCCUUGCCCCAGACCCAUCCCAGCUCAGAGCUCUGACACUGUCCCACACUGGGGACGGGUGCAGCGUGGGGAGCUGCUGGCCCAGCUCCAGCAGUGGGGCAGCACUGGGACACCCCCUUUGGCACACAGAUGCCCAUGGUUCACCUGCCUCCCUCUGGGCAUUGAGCAGGGUAAGCAGGGAGCCUACCAGCCUCUUUGCAGGGUGCUGGGGGGGCCGUGGGCUGGCUUUGGGGCUGGGGCUGGAACAAGCCUGUCCUUGUGCUGGUGUCCUGCAGGCUGCCAGGCGGCAGCUGCGUAAGCACCAGGCUGCCGCAGGAACUGUCGGGGCUGCCAGGGCAGGGGCCUGGCAGGAGCCUGUGUGUGAGCAGAUGACUUCAGGGCUGCUGCAAAUAAAAUCACAGCCAAAGC